AUUCAUCUUUUUCGCGUACAGUCGAAGCUUUCAAAAUGGGCACAAUAAAAAUUAAAUCAGUCUUCUUACUAACAGUUUUUAAAAUGUUUUUGGUGGCCACAGCUAUUGGUGAGAAGACAUGUGAAUUCGAUCAAAAAAUGGAAGAACAGUGCCGCAUUCAAAGUUAUAAAACUAUGGAACCUUUGCUUGACUAUUUUAGACAGGUUAGAAAUGGGUUACAAUACAAAGAGAUUAGGGAAAAUAAGUUAAAUGAGUUAAAUGAAUUAAAUUCUGAUCUUAUGGAAAAGUAUCACGAAAUUGUAAAAAUUCAUGAAAAAUUCAUGAAGGAGGCAGCUCUAUUAGAUGAGUAUAAAAACAAAGUACUUAAAGGGGAAAACGAUUUGCAAUCGUGUCAAAUUAAAGUUGAUAAAUUAGAAUCUAAGAUUAAUUCAAAACAAAAUAUUAUUAAAUUAGAAGGACAAUUAUCAGAUCAAUCCCCCAACUUAGAAAAUUGUCAAGUUCAAUUAAAAUAUUUCAAUUCUAGGUUAAUUGAGAAAGAUGAAAUUAUAAAGAGAUUUAGUGAGGAUAUUCAAAAUAACACAGAACAUCAGAAAACACUUGAGUUGAAAUUAGAGAAGAGUAAAUCUGAAUUAAUAAAGCAAGAGAUAGAUAUUCAGUUAUGCCGAUCUGAAAUUGAUACAUUGAGCAUGACGUCAGAAAAUAUCAGAGAAGAGCAGAAAAUAAUUGAAUCGCAAUUAAAAGAUAAUCAAAGAAAGCUAAUUGAUAAGGUUAUAGAAAAUCAGUUAUGUCAAUCUGAAAUUGAAAUAUUAAGUCCCACAACUUGCAUCCCUUUCGGAGAUUAUCCAGGAGUUCAUCGACUCAAUGUUUCUGGCGUAGGUUUAUUCGAUGUUUUGUGCGAUAGUCAGUUAGCUGGACCUGGAUGGAUUGUAAUACAACAACGAGUUGGGGGAAAUGAGAGCUUCAAUAGGGAUUGGGCAACGUAUCGCAAAGGUUUCGGUGCAUUGGAUAGUGACUUCUUCCUUGGCCUAGAGAAAAUACAUCGUAUCACAAGUUUGGAGCGUCACGAACUUUAUAUACAUUUGGUUGCUGUGAAUGGAAGUACCUACAACGCUCGAUAUGACGACUUUAAAAUAUCUGAUGAGGACAAUGGAUACGUACUGAGUUUGGGUAAAUUCAAAGGAACUAUUAUUCGGGAUGCGAUGAGAGACGGCGAAAACAUGAAAUUCACAACAUUCGAUCGCGACAACGACAUUAAAGAUGGUGGUAAUUGCGCAGUUAAAUACAAUGGCUGGUGGCACUCGAAAUGUUAUGAUUGUAAUUUAAAUGCACCAUAUGGGCCGGAUCUUAUUUGGCACAAUGAAAAUAUAUUGAAAGAAGCUAAGAUGCUAAUUCGCCCCAAUGAAGCGAUGAAGAAGUGAUGAAGAGCUGUAAUUCCGAUAUUUGACUCAAUUAUGUAAUCAUUAUAUAAUUGGUGCAUUACUAUUAAUGAAGACGGACAUGGCUAGAUCCUCUCGGCUGUUGACGCUGAUAAAUAAUACAUAUAUAACACUUUAUAGGGUCGGAGAUGCCUCUUUCUACCUGUUACAUACAUUUUCUGCCGGCACAAAGUUAUAAUACCUAUUGGUAGCGGGUAUUCACUUAAGUGAAUAAAAGCAAAACUGUGAGGUAAUAUUUCAAAAUAUACCAAAUUAAUAUACCACAAAAAAUUUAAAAUAUACCAAAAUUAAAUUAAAACAUACGUAUACGUAACAUAACACAAAAAUACAAUUGGUUGCGAAUAAAAUUACAUUAAAGUAUGCGUAUA